AGAAUUGUUAAUCAAAGCGAAAGAGACAACAGCACUUGACCUUCCUCUUCUGAUUCACCUCGACCAGCUGUGUCACCUUUUCAUGAUGGAAAAAACUAGCUCCCUUGUUUCUGUUACAUUCAUAAUAUUGUUGGUGCACUACUACAACUACUCUCUCAUGGCUUGCUUGGCUGUGACGGUGAGUACUAGUAGGAGGACUGCAACCAAUAUCACCACUGAUCAAUCGGCUCUUCUUGCCCUGAAAUCCCACAUCACUAGCGACCCUCAAAACAUUUAGGCCAGCAAUUGGACCACCUCAACCUCCCAUUGCAACUGGAUUGGUGUCCAUUGCAGCACUCGCCACCACAGAGUUGCUGUCUUGAACCUUUCUUACAUGGGCCUAAACGGCACCAUCCCUCCACACAUUGGAAACCUCUCUUUUCUAGCCUUACUAGACAUCAGAAACAACAGUUUCUAUGAUAAUAUCCCUAAAGAGCUUGGUCAUUUGCGUAGACUAGAAUCCAUCAAUUUCUCUUCCAAUGACUUUACAGGAAACAUUCCUAAAGAAAUCGGCAAGCUUGCUAGUCUAGAGUUUCUGGAUAUGAGCUGGAACCAACUUUCGGGCUCCAUACCUGCCCCCAUCUUCAACAUCUCCUCACUGGAAACUAUUUCAUUCGCAGGUAAUUGUCUAUCAAGUAAUCUGCCAGCAGAUAUGUGCUACCUUCUUCCAAAACUCUCCAGGUUUGAUCUAUCCUACAACCAGUUCGAUGGCCAAAUUCCGUCCACUUUAUAUGAUUGUUCCAAACUUCAAAUCUUGUCAUUGUCAUAUAACAAAUUUAGUGGAGCAAUACCAAGAGAAAUUGGAAACUUGACCUUCCUAAAAGGGUUAUAUCUUGGCGUAAACAAUUUAAAAGGAAACAUUCCUAAAGAAAUUGGCAAGCUUGCCAGUCUAGAGUUUCUGGAUAUGAGGUGGAACCAACUUUGGGGCUCCAUACCAGCCCCCAUCUCCAACAUCUCCUCUCUAGAAACUAUUUCUUUCACAGGUAAUAGUUUGUCAGGUAAUCUUCCAGCAGAUAUGUGCUACCUUCUUCCAAAACUCUCCAGAUUUGGUCUAUCCCACAACAAGUUCGAUGGCCAAAUUCCUUCCACUUUAUAUGAUUGUUCCAAACUUCAAAUCUUGUCAUUGUCAUAUAACAAAUUUAGUGGAGCAAUACCAAGAGAAAUUGGAAACUUGACCUUCCUGAAAGAGUUAUAUCUUGGUGCAAACAAUUUAAAAGGCACUAAUCCCAAAAUUGAGCUAACUCAGCCAAAUAAAAGCUUAAUUGAAGCAAUCCUGAGAUAAACCAAAGGAGGGAGCAAAGUGGAGAAAGAAAUGAGCAAAAAGGAAUCAAGUUGUGCAGCUGAAAAGUUCGAUCGAUCCAACUUAGAGUUCGAUCGAUCGAAUAUCUAUGAUCGAUCACAGUACUUCUCGAUAGAUCCAACCUUGGCCUUUGCUGAAAUUCCAAGUUUGAUCGAUCGAACAUCACCUUCGAUCGAUCGAACCCUAUUUUGUCCUAUUCAAAUGAUUGAUCUUAUCCACAGCUGUACGCCUACCAACCACUUUUGUCUUUUUCCCCAUAAAUAUCUUGAAAAUAUCCCAGCCUUGUCAUUAUCCGGAGGAGUCAGACCACUUCAAUCGAUCCAAGAUGCAGUUCGAUCGAUCGAACCCAUUUUCGAUCGAUCCAAGUUAAGGUUCGAUCGAUCGAACCUCCUCCAGCGAGAAAAAGUUAAAGUCCAGCUCAUUUAUUCCGUCCUUCAUCCAAUGAUUGGAGAAUAUGCCUUGCACGACCACAGCUCAUCAUGGGGUGUAUUUGACCUACCUAUAUAAGGAAUAUGAUACACUUUUUGAGGGAGUCUCUUGUCACACAUUGAAAAUUGAUCUUAGAGGCUUUUCUUGGAGAGGAGGAAUGAGGGAAGCUAGAGCACCAUUGGAGGAGAUCUUCACCAACAAGGAGCAGCAAUGGAGUUAGCCCUUGAGGGUUGGAUCAUCACUACCAUGAGUGGCUAGACAUCCUCUUGGGGCUAGAGUUAGCCCCAAGCAUGCUUUCUAUACUCUAACCUUGUGUAUUAUUGAGGGAUUAGUGCUGUAUGAUAC